CACAUAGCGCGAGCUGCGAUUAGGAAACAGUUGUACCGAGUGCUCCUGCAACCCGCAGAUCGCUUCUUCUUUUACUGGGAUUCCCGAAUUAAGGACCUGUAGUGAUUGAGCGCUGGGUGGGUGUGAUGCCUGCCGUAUUCAGUCUUCCAUACACGUGUUAUGACUACGGCCAUACGUGGACUUCUUCCUGCUCCCAGGCCAUGCUUGAUGGAGGAUACUACGUUUUCUUCGAAAGCCUUCGCAUUUACUCUAUCAUUCAUGCUCUGUCUUUCAUCUUGAGGAGGAAGAAAGUGAACAAACAGAAUGUGAUGCAUCUUAUUGCCAACAUCCUGCAAUCAACAGCUUUUCUUACAUACAAUGGAUUCAGUUACAUUGGAGCUUUCUGCAUGUCUAGACUGGUUCUGGGGAAUAUCAAUGUGAUGUCAUCUUCCUUCUUGCCUGCCUGGAUUGCCAGCUUCAUGUCACUAUUCAUAGAGAAGCCUGAGAGACACUCCCUUCUGGCACUAUAUGUCACCAAUGUGGCCAUAGAGACUCUGAUAAAGAUGGUUCAUGCACGUGGAUUCAGGUCUCCUCUACCUCAUUCCGAGGUGUUGAUGUUCUCUCUUUCACUUUCCAUGGCAUCAUGGCUCUAUUCUCAGCACAAACUUCAUGGGAUUCUUCUAAUCAUUAUGAGAUUCUUGUUUGGAGACAUUCACAAUGUGACGAGAACAGAGAAAUCCACCAAAAAUUAUCACCACUAUCUGAAUGCCAUCAAAGGAGUGCUGAAGCCAUUUGUUUUGGGUGUUGGAGUUCAAGCAAUGCUUCAGCUGGUUUCAUCUUGGAAGCGCAUUGUGUACAAAAGAGAUUUUCAAGCCUUCUUUGCCAAGAAGAACCUUCGUCUUCCUCUAUUCUUACUUGCUCUCUCUUCUUCUUACCGGGUGAUAUCGUCAGUGUUGAGACAAGGAACGAAGUGGAGUGAUGGAAAAGUAGCAUCUGUGACAGGGUUAGCCAGUGGAACAGCCCUCCUCAUAUAUCCCAAUAUCUCACUUGUCAUUUAUAUGACUACCAAGGUGGCUGAGUGCAUGUAUGGGCUGGGGAUGGAGAAAGGCUUUGUGAGGAGUGUGCCAGGAUUCACAGUGUUUCUCUAUGCCACAUCAACUGCCCUACUCCUUCAUGCUGCUGUUGUGGAACCCCACAACCUCAAAGACUCCUAUUGGAGAUUCCUCAAUCGCAUCACUGGUAAUAGGAUAAGUGAGAUGAAUCGUCGUCUCCUGGAUGAGUUUGGGUUCCGGAGUUCAACAUUGCAGCCAUCAUUCUGGCCUCAAUAUGACAUGACUCAAGUUUCUCCACACCUGAAGGAGUUCAUGCAGAAGAAUGCCAUUCCAUCUUGAUUCUCCAAUGCUGCUCCCUGUGCCUCAUUUACCUUCCUGUGAUACUCUCUUUCAGAUUUUGUCAGUAUUUUUUUCCAUUGUUGCCUGGGUCCUAGAUUAUUUUUCCAUGGGUCUCCAGAUUUUAUUCAGCUAUAUGAAAAUUAUGAGGGAAAGAGAUCAGACUUUUCUUUCCUCUCACCUGUUUUUAGUAUAAGAGGGGGAACAAACAUAGGGUUGAACCUCAUAUCUUGCAUCAGAUU